AUGAUCAUCAAUGGAGCGAAAUUGCAAUGCUGCUGUAGCUUGACUCCGCCCAUCGACUAUAAAAGGGGAGCUAAAUAUCCACUUCUCACAAAGUUGAACAUGGAUCCGCGCCGUUCUCAGCAAGAUCAAAACCCACCGGCACACGACCAAGAAAGAUCCCGUUCACCCAGCCCCGAAAAUGCGGAUACGUUCAGUAUCUUGUCUGGAAGAGUUCGACAGCCAAUACAUCCUCAGAAUCCCGCCCCAGCUGCCAACUCGGCAACAGUAUUUCCUAGUUCAGUGACAAUGACUAGAGGCUCAAGACCGGUGGAAGACUUUCAGAAUUUCCAAUUAAGACCUUCCUUUUCCCAUGAGUCAACGAGAAUCCCUUCUCCAACCACAAUGACACCCACUAGAGCCACGGAGUCGACCAGCCAACUCCGCCAGCCGGUGUCAGCCACUACCAUUUCCUACCGUACAACUACUCAAACAACUCCGAUGGCAGAGAUGGAUUCACUUGUUGAAAAAAUUCACAGCUUGGUGCCUAUUGAAGAGCCAGCUCCGUCGCACUUGGGAAGAAGAAGAUCUCCAACUCCAUCUGAAAUGUCGACGGCAACUACAACUUUUCGAGUGGCUCCAGGAAGCACUUCGAUGGAUUCCGUAUCGACUCAUCAGCGAGUGAACAUGGCCCUCGACGUACCGCCAUCUUCUGUGCUCCCACAAGUGCAAACCAUGGUGUUGCCGAAUGAUAGCCUCACUGGAGCCGCCGUUGUCAUUCCUCCGCAGCCAGUUCCCAACUCGCUAAGAGAAGCGCCGGAAAACCGUCGGUCGUCGACACCAAAUCGCGGUGGAGCCAAUGAACCACGAAGAAGAAAGCGACAAAGCUUUUUCAAGCGUUUCCGCCGCUCUUCCUCGCUCGCUCCAAACCAGCCACAAAACAACUCUCCUGAGCCACACCGCGUUCGUGCCGAAUCCGACGCACCACACUUCUUGAAAGAAGCGGCAAAGCGCGUUAGCAAUUUGUUCCGCCGACAAUCGACAAAAAUGGAGCAAGCACCGACGUCAUCUCAAGCUAAUGUUCCAACACCGAUGGACGAUGGAAAUGCUCACGAAAGCGGCCCUAAUAUGGCUUCCCCAGUGUUGCAAAAGAGAAAAAGCAUUCCUCGAGCGGCCAAGGACAAGGCAAAUGAAGCCCUGAAAACAAGAAAGUCGAAUCCGACAUUUCCCCAACAGGAGCCAUCCACAUCUGCACAGGCUCAGAAAACGCCAAAACGCGGAAGAAAUUCCAAUGACGACGAGAAGAAUGCUAAGAGAAAAAAGGAGGGACAGAUGUCCGAUAGAUCUCCAUCUCCACCGGUCAACCACCGCGAAAUGACUCUAGCAGAGAAGCGCAGGGUCCACUUGCACUUCCUCCGCUUGCGAGUCAAUGCUGAAGUCGAUGAGGUCCAACAAUUCUUACACUCCGUUUUUAAUGGCGAGGAAGAAUCUGUUCUCAUCGAUCCGUUACUUUCCAAACCCUACUUCUUCUUUUCUCUCAUUACCGACGUCGAUGCCACCAUUAUUCCAGCCGGUACCACUUUUAAUUUCGAUGGUGUCUCGAGGCUUCUCGAGAUUCGUGCUCGUAACGUCGAACUCACUAGACCAUAUUUAAUUGUUGCUGAAAACGACGUUUGGGUUAAUGCUAUUCAUUUGGUGUCGGGCUCAGUUAUUUAUUUUUCUGUUUACCUUCUUUAUUUAAACUAUCCCAACUAUGUUGUUGAAGAGGAAUUCAUGGAAAACCUUGUUGAGAGUGUCGUCCAUUCUCUGGACAGACGAAAUCAGUAA